AUGCCGUCUACGUACGCCCAUGAGCCAGAUAUACGCACCCUCGUGGCCAUCACGCGCUGCGUUUCCGCCAUACAGCACUCGGAGGUGCAAUCAUGCGCGGCUCUCUUCACUGACACUCAUCACGCCCUCACGUGUUCUUCCUGCACUUCUCACGCAAGGGCGCUUAGGGAGGUGGCACCGGCGCGCUAUGCGAGCGGCACGCGCGAGCCUCUGCCUGACAAGCAGCGGUCGGCGACGAUGCGCCGCAACGGGUGGCCCCAUGUUGCACGGUCGGCUCCUGUCUUUGAAGUCUCUCCACUCCCACCGCCACCAACGUCUUCGAGGCACACGGCGCACCAAGAGAGCAGUGCGUUUCUCUCUUCACGGAGACUGGCAGGGGAGAGUGUAAGAGCGGGGGAGUACGUGCUGGAAAUAGGCAGUGACCGAAAUGCAUCGGACGCGAGGUACGGGGGGGCCCACCAUACGCAGUCUGCUGCGUCUCGCGCGUACGGCAGUUUCGGCUUUCCACAGGAUGACAGGGACUCAAUCAAGCGUAGCACCGGCGUCAGGGGUAUUCACUUUCGGUCUUCCGACGACCCUGGUGCGUCCCGUGCUGCUUCCCGUGUGCCUCUGGGAGGCACUGCUGCACGAGCGGAUUUGCCUUUUUCGAUGCGCCUCUCUCAUUUACACCGCCAGCCACCAUCACCAUCACGCUCGGAGGCAGAUGGCGCGACAUCGCGAUUCAAUGGACACUCUCUUCGACUGAACAUCAGCGCUGACGUUGAGAACAAGAGCUCUCGUGCAAGUCGCAGUGACGACUUCACCUUGUUCUCGCUGGGCAUCUCCAAGGUAAACGGUGUAUCGCGUAUUUCACGAGCCGAUCCUGCGUCUUUUAUGGAUGAAAUGUGCACUGCUAGCCGUUUGAACCUUGCGCAGGCGAGCACCACAAGAAAUAGCUCACAUGCAGCGGUUCAGCCGCAGCUGGACUGCUGGGAACAGCAUGCGAGCUCCCGGUCGUCUCGGUGGAUGACGUCGCAGGGAGGGGAGAGAUCUCUUGUAUCACCGUUGCAGAAGCCGGUGCACCACGGCAGCGCCGCCCCGUCCGUCGCUGCCUCCCGCUCUCCGCCGUGUGUCACCGCAGCUGUGGCGCGGAACGGCAGAAGCGUGACGUCGUACGACACGGAAGCUUUGUGGUCAUCUGUGCGGUCUGCCGGUGCCCAUGCGCCUCCGCAGAGCUCGCGUGCCUCAGCUGCGUCUCGCUCUUCCUACCCCGUUUCAUCCCUUGAGCACGGCGGCCGUCGCAGAGCCAGUGACACCACCAGUGUGCGCUGUAGCAGUCACACACAGGAAACGGCGACGGCCGUAGCUGGCAGCAGUGUUCCUAGGAUCCUCUCACAUGCUUCUCUCCCUGUGGCUGUUGUCGCAACAGCAGACGACUGUACCCUCGAUGCAAGGCGACACCUGUCGGAUGCUGUGCACGAUUCGUCUUCGUUACCGAGAGACCCACAACACGAGGGGGCAAAGCGGCUGGGGUUUCCAUCGCCGGUGUCGGCGCUGUCGCACGUGGCGUCACCUUUACAAAUACUUCGAAGUGGUACGCGCUGCAUCCACAACUCCACGACGGUCCUCACGUGCGAUACACCUCCGCAGCCGGCAUAUGCCCCCAGGAACGCAGGCGAAUUGUGUCUUGUCAAUACAACUUCAUCACCGAGGAAGCAGAGGCACCCAGCUGAUAGAGGAACGGAUGUCGUUAGCGUAAGUGCAUUGGGGGCCUCUUUGGAUCACACGCAGUGCGCCACACACGCCGCAUCUGGGGAGUUGCUGUCGGCCGAUCGUGCACCCUCUCACCCGGCCGUGUCUUCACCGGAUCUCGAGCGGUGCCCCCUGCUGGAAGUGUCGACGCGUCUGCUAAGCGCCUCUUCACUCGCCUUCACAGCGAGCGAGACUUCACCGGUAUCGCUUACUAGUCGCUCACUGCGCUUUUCUCCUCCCUCUGCCGCCACGGUUGCUGUUCCCGAUGGAGUUUGUGUGGUGGAGGCCUGCCCCUCGCAGAAGUCGGCACAGACGAGAGAGGGCAAACAUGUGCGUCACGAAGCCGCGUCUCACACAUCGGCGGCAUCGUUUCGUGCGUCCGCAUCGGCAUCUGCUUCUAUCGCCACCUCAGCCAAGUCUAGCUUGUUUCUGGCUGAAGCGUCGACGAUGCGGCCCGAUGUGCUGUCGAGGCCGGCAGUGGCGAGCGCUAGUGCAGCACGUAGGCAAUAUCCUCCAUCGUCGCCUCUUCCUUCGUCGUGCUUCGAGCCUUCUUCAUUCGCUGAUCUGCAGCGCGCGGGUGGCUCGCCCCAGCGGUCCUUAUCACUUCACAGCAGUUGCGGGGCAGAGCCAGGGUCGGAGAGACGUGAAGGCGGCCCGCUAGCGCCACCGGUGCGAACAAGGAGUCCGUCUUGCUCCAUUCCAAGGCACCGACGGUCUUCACUCAAAGGUGCGGCGGCAGUCUCUAAUAUGGCUGAGAGAGCGGCCCAGUCUUUAGCGUCCACUGUGAUGGGCACUUGUGAUGUCGCUCGAUUGGUGCAGUCGACGGCUGAUGAGAACUGGAGGAUACAGAGCAACCCACCAGGCCUACUGGGACGUGGAGGGGAGGUCCUCAGUGAUGUUAUUCAGCGGCCACACACAACCCCACCGCCGGAGUCUAUCGGCACGGCUGAUGAGCCGCUGACGGCGGUGAGUGGGGUGGAGGACGACGUGGCAAGAGAAGAGGGUAUACACACAAGUGCCAACGCGUCGAGUGGUUUCUCAAGAGAGGGCAGCGAGGAAGGGCAAGGUUGGCAGCAGCAACAGCAACCCCAGCAGAGGCAUCGCUUUCUGGGGUACGUGCCCCCAGUGAGGGGGCCUGGCGCGUCUCCGCUGAACCAACGUAGCGUAGCAGCUGCCGCUACUCAUCGCGGGAAAGCGCCCCUGCCAUUGCCUACGUCACCGACUUCCUCCGCCACGGCACUUCGUCCUCCCCUCGCGUACUGUGGCAAUCGGGGCCGACGCUUUUGUGGUGGCAGUGGUGAUAACACCUCUGCAGGGUUACCCACAAACAAUGCCAGACGUGAAGUGCACGAGGCAGCUAGCAGGAGCCGUGACGCCUGCCCUUGUUGCUCACCAAGGGCUUCGAAUCGCAAAAUGGAGCACCUGUCUCGGGGAGAAGCAACGACAACCCCUGCUGAGAUUCCGGAGCAUCCGCGGCUGUCUUCGUAUCUGCCGUCUUUAGUGGAUGCAAGUGGUGACGAGCGUGACACCGGUACUGGUAGCGCGGCAGUCAUCGUCCACCUAGAUAGCCGUGAUGCGCCAUCACUCGCUGGUGAUGUGAUAAUGAUGCCUACCUCGCCCACCAUGCGAAGCGGCGCGGUGCGGCUCAUAUCCCCGGCACGGAGUCAUGCAGCUGUCACUUCGCUGCGGGAAAGUGAAGAGGGCAGAGUCUCCUAUCGCCGCCGCGGCUGCGAUGAGCUCCAAGUGGGUGACUUGGACAGUAAAGAUGUUGUCAACGACAGCUGCAUUAACGACACGGAGGUGCACCGGCCAGGGGGAUACCAUAGGCACCGCAACCCCACGACCCGCAGCAGCGUUGCCUCUAUCCUCGCCACACACCACACCCCGUGCGAGUCACUGCACAGCGUCAGCUCGGACUUCGACUGGGUCAUGGAUGACUACGCGGCUCAGCAGCGGCUGCAGCGCUACGCUGGCGACGAGGGAUCGCUUACCGUACCCUUACCUCUCGACACUACUGUAACUGAGUCGCCGCCUGAGCUGACAGCGUUGGAGACACGUGAGAGCUCGUUCAGGAGAGGGUGCGCGCUUGGCUCGCAAACUCCCGCUGCGCCGCCGCUCACCUGCGCUACCGUGGUCGCUGAGGACUUGCGCCAGAACGACCCCACGCUACAGGUACGGUCCGCAGCCAGCUCCACAAGCCACUUCGCGCUGUUGCUAUGCACAUCGUCAAAUUUGCAGCCACCAUGCCAAAACUCUCAACACUCACCUCACACCUCGGUGUUGGGCUCAUUAGUUACGAACAGCAACGGCAGUCUUUGCAUGGACUCCUUUGCUUCCCUGGAACACACCCCGGCGGGACGAUCCAUAACCAACGAAGCCGCCAUGGAAAACUCAGCGACAGGGUGCGAUGCCCCCGCGAUGUCGACCUUCUUUGCCGGUGACCAUGUAGCUGACGCAACCCCGGCGGCAGUAGCUGUGAGAGGAGUGGCAGAGGAGCGAGACGAGAGCGUAGCCGGCGACGUGCUUGCCACGGAAACCCCUGUGUUGGAGGUGGAUGCAAGGCUCAAGUCACAUGCACGGACUCGUUUGGCCAUGAACAACAGCGAACCUGUGCUGCGUUCGUCAGUGAAACAGUCGUCAUCACCUGGUUCGCGAAACACCGACCUGUCCUCUCGUGUCACUCACUCAGCAGUGCACACUCCCGGUGACGUCUGCGUGGGGGUUGCCGACACCACCCCAUCGAUCUCUUCAGCGACGUGGAAUGAGCUGGCCGCUGGCUCACAAAGUUCCCUCCUGGACAGCCGCCUCCACAGCAACUCGGUGUUCAAGACAGCAUGGCAUAGGCACACCCAACACGAAGCGAACACGGCAGUGAGUCGUGGAGUUUGGGAGGUACACACACGACCAUCGACGGCUCUCAGCGCCAAUGCAGUGGCGGACAGCCGUGACGGUGAUGACGUGGAAAAUCGCUUCGACGACGUAGCGACGCUGAGGGAUCGCUAUACCCCCUGCCCCACCCCAGUCCUCGGCAUUGACGGCUGCGACACGCACUUGAUCGUGCCCUCCGAGUCAACACCUCCGCCUCCGCCCGGGGUGCUGCGCAAGCCGGGGGAGCAAUUACACCAACCGCGAGAAGCUUCCUUGUUCUUGUCUUCGGCACACCUGACCGAUACGGAGGACAACGCGACCGCGCUGAAGUCGAUGGCCAUUGCUCAAGAGAUAGAGGGCCAGCAAACGGAGGUGGUAGAGGCCAGCCGGCGUCGCGCAGCACCUGAAUUAUCUUCCUCACCAUUCUCGAUCAACGCGGCCUCCUCCACGACGGCCGCAUCGCUGCCCCAACGUGGGCGCCACCCGGGCGAGCGGCAAGAGGACAAACGUGAGCCUGAUGACCUGCUGGAGACUGACCACCGUCAGUGCCUGCAACAGCGGGAGCAACAUCAGCAGGUGCGGAAUGAUUAUGAUGAUGGUGCGCAGUCGAAAACACUGUGUGGGGCACACGGCAGCGAUUUCUUGGUUAGCAGGUCGUACCCUGGCUGGAGCAGCGUAAGCACGCAACCGUACGACACCGAGGGGAGCCACAGUAGAGGCGACAUGCAGGAUGAGCUACCGGGUGAGCCAAUCAUGAUCAUGAACGCCGGUGGUGGCGGUAGCGAAAGUUGUGGAGACUGCGUCGUGUCAGCUCCGUCCUCGCCGCAGUCACGCGAAGGUUCCAUGCGCGACAAGGCCGUGGUCGACUCCGCCGCGGCCGAGUCGCGUGAGGGUGAACUUUCUACCCCUGCCCAUUUAUUCACUAAGGCGACGGCGACGACAAGGACAACGGUGACCACGACGCCAGAGUAUCACCCAUCAGCAUCAGGGCAACGCACCCACCUCUCCGUGCCAGCAGCGUUUUCGAAGCCACCAAUGGGGUCUGGAGUGUAUCGACCCCUGCUUGGCAAUGUACUGCGCUGCAGCUCUGCAUACGCUUUCAGAGGUGGUGACUCCGUCGUGCCGUCGGAGGAGGCUGGUAGUCACCCACGGCGACAGUGGGCGAUGGCCGCGGCAGCAGACAAGGAUGCCCACGUGGCGGAGGCAGAUGGCUUUGGGGCUGAAGUGGAUGACGAUGAGGAUGACGGGUACUGCACUUACGGUUACGAAAGUGACCUCAUUUACGUGUGA